AUAUGGUUAUAUGUGGGAAAGAAAAUAUCUGAAUGGCAUCGAACAUACAUAGAAGAUAAAAUAAAAUAUGAGUUAGUUGAAUAUUUAGAAUUUGUUGAGAAUAAGUAUUUUGAGGUCUUAAAAAGAGUGUGUAGAAGGAAGAGAGUUGAAGUUCAAGAAAUAGAAGGUAGUUAUCAUUACAAAAUGAUCUUUGGAGAAAAAGGAGCCAUGAAAUCCAGAAAAUUA